CGUAUGCGAUGGUCUUGUUGCCGUUGCCUAUCUUGUUGUCUCGUCUUCUGGAAAAAAGCUCUCUGAAAAGUUGAAAUAUGACAUAAUUUUGAGGUGUUUGAAAUAUGUCAAUUACUUGAAACUACGUUGAGAUUGGCCCUCACAUUUCGAUAAGAUGGAGGCCAUAAAGGCUGAAAUCGCACGAAAGAGAAAGCAGCUAUUAGAUACUAACGUCAUUACACCUUCGGAGAAAUACUUUCGACGAGGGGAUUUACUAAAGAAGGAGGAGGAAGAGUAUCAAAAGAAAUAUGGCUGUAUUGGGGUCUCGGAGCAAUCAGAAUCAAAGUCAUCAGGAGAAGGCACCUCUGAUGGGAAGUCUGGCCCAGACCAAACUGAACUUCCUAGAAGAGAAGUUAUUCGGCGCCUGCGAGAAAGAGGAGAACCUAUUUUCUUAUUUGGUGAAAGUGAAGCAGAAGCAUUCCAACGUCUCAGAAGAGUUGAAAUCUUAGAGCCGGAAGUUAACAAAGGAUUCAGAAACGACUUUCAAGAGGCUAUGGAACGAGUUGACCAGGGCUAUUUGAAAGAGUUAGUUCAUGAAGGCCUUCCAAGGGAAGGUGAAGUGAAAGUCCCUACUGUGGAAGUAACCUGGGAGGACAUUCAUCAAAAUGUUGAUCUAAUUGGAAAAGGAGAUCGGGAUCUUGACAUGAAAGUGACAUUUCAGCUACUACAGCUUCUGUUACGAUUAUGGGGUGAGCAGCUGAACAACAUACCAGCCGCUGAAAAGCGUACUACCAAAGUAAAGCUAGCAAGUGCCACUUACUCACAAACACAAACAUACUUAAAACCCUUGCUACGCAAAUUGAAGAGCCGCACCUUACCUGAAGAUAUUUCAGACAGCCUCACGGAAAUUACCAAACAUUUACUGGAUCGAAAUUACUUGAAGGCUAGUGAUGCAUAUCUUCAAAUGGCAAUUGGCAAUGCACCAUGGCCCAUUGGUGUAACCAUGGUUGGUAUCCACGCUCGUACAGGACGAGAAAAAAUCUUUUCUAAAAAUGUUGCCCAUGUGUUGAAUGAUGAAACACAGAGGAAAUACAUUCAAGCAUUGAAGAGGUUGAUGACCAAAUGUCAAGAAUUCUUCACAACUGAUCCAUCAAGAUGUGUUGAGUACACUCCAAAAAAUAACUAAGUUACCUGCAAAAAGUGCAAAGUUCUUAAAUUUCUUCUGUACAAACUUCUUUGUUUCUUUAUUUUUUGAUUAACAUGUUCAUAUAAAUAAAAAUUAAAACAAGCACCAUCUAAAA